CAAUUGCGCAUCUACAAUUGCGCAGCCUCCCACAUUUUCCAAAAAUUAACCGGCUGAAGGAUAAUCGUCGCCGCGGAAUUCUGUUUCCUGUUUAUGCUUUUUGACAGGUUGAUUGAAGCUAAAACAUCAUGUUCAAGUUAUCGCCGCAUAGGGGCCAAAGAUCCAAAGGUCUGAAAGUAAAGCACGUUUUGCAGAUAUGUGUUUUGGUUGGUGUUUGCGUCUGGUUGAUUUACCAAGUUAGACACGCCAAGAAGGCGGCGUAUGAGGAUGGCGUGAAAACUGGGAAAGGUGUCAAGUUAGGGAGAAAGGACCCCCAUCCUCGAGUGGAGGAAACAAUCAUUAGAGAUGCAAGGAGCAAGGAGGAUGAAGAGGAAGACAGGCUAGACAUCAAGAAGGAAGAAGAUCAAAACAAGCCUGGGGAAGCAGAUGGUGUAGGAGGAGGGGGCAAGGAUGAUGAUGUUGCAAAACAACAUGAGCAAGAUAAAGUUGAGGAGGAAAGCGGGCACAGGGAAGAUUCAGUAAAUGGAGAGAAUGAAAGUGAAGAAAUUAAGGAGAAUGUUACUGAAGAGAAGGAGAUUGAAGAGAUUAGAGAGAAUAAUGGUGAUGAGAAGGAGAAUGAAGAGAUCAAGGAAAAGGAAUAUGAAGAAAAGGAGAACGAGGACAGUAAAGAGAAGGAUGAUGAAUCCAAGGAGAGUGAAGUUGUUGCAGAGAAGGAAAAUGAAGAUAAGACAAAUGAAGAGACCCAGGAGAACAAUAGCGUAGAGAGUGAAGGCGCUGAGGAGAAUCAAGAAAAGGAGAUUGGGGGAGAAAGCAAUGAGACUGAAAAGGGCGAAGGUCAGAUACAGAAUUCAGGUACCUCAGAAGAUCAGGCUCAGGAUGAAAAUGAUGAGCAAAAUGCAAAGGCUAGAGAGGUACAGUACAAGGGGGAUGAUGCUUCUAGUGAAGUUGCCCAUGAAAGCCAAAAUCAAGCAACUGAGAAUGAGCAAGGUGGUUCUGAGAAUUCUAACGAGACAGAACAGAUAGAAACUAAAGAAGAAAAUAAAUUUGAUGAGGAGAAUCAAACAAAUAGUGCUGAAGAAGUCAAUGCCCAUCCAGAUGACUCAACCCCAAAUGGACAAGAAGCUGAAACAAUUGAAAAGAAUGAAUUUUCAGAUUCAACAGCAAAUCAAGAAAGUGGCAAGGAGAGCAAUCAGUCCGAGUCAAAGGAGUAUCUCCAUCAUGUUUCCAGAACUGCAACAGAAUCAAAUGAACAGCAGCAAGGAGAUGUUGUAACACAGCAAACUAGGACUUCUGACUCAACAGAAAAUGACCAGCAGUCAGAUUCAGAGGCAACGCCUUCCACUACAACUGACAACGGAAAUGGAGCUGAUGGAGGUUCCUCAAUGUCUUCCAGCAAUUCUCAAUCUGUUGCAUCUGAUGGUCAGACUGAGAACUCCAAUGAAUCUAAAAAACAAGAUUCUGCUGCUUCAGUCACAAUCCAAAAUGAUAACAUAGCUCAGAUUGAAGGAUCCAACAAUAAAUCUGGAGGAGAAGGGACUCAAGAAAAUGUUGUAGCAUUGAAUACAAAUGACAAUGCAAGUGCUGGGGAGGAGGAACAAGUUCUACAGAAAGAAUCAUCUGUAGAAACAAAUGAAAAUGGUAGUGCGGUUCAGAAUGAAAAUAAAGAAGAUGGUGUUCAGAGCAGCACUGACAACAAUGAUGCAGGCCAGAAUGAAAACAAUGGCAAUGCUAUUCAGAGCAUUACAGAAAAUGGUGCAACUGCAAAUGAGAGAGCUGUUCAAAGCAACAAUGACAAUAAUGCAAAUGCAGGCCAGAAUAAAAACAAUGACAAUACUGUUCAGAGCAAUACAGAAAAUGGUGCAAAUGCAAAUGAUAAUGCUGUUCAAAGCAAUGAUGACAACAAUGCAAGUGCAAGUCAGGAUGAAAAGAAUGACAAUGCCGUUCAGAGCAAUACAGAGAAUGGUGCAAAUGGAAAUGUGAAUGCUGGUCAGAGCAACACUGACAACAAUGUAAAUGGAAGAGCUAAUGCAGGUCAGAAUGAAAAGAACAAUGGUGUCCAGAGCAAUACAGACAGUGUUAAUGACAAUGUAGAUUCUGGUAAGAAGGAAUCAGUCAGUUCUUCCUCCCAAGAAGAGAAAGAGGUGUCUUUAAACCUAGAUAGCAACACUGAUGCUGGCCAGGAUAAUCCCGGUUAUUCUUCAGAUUCUUCAAUUCAUCAGGAAGUGAAGGAGGCUCGAACAGAUCUGGGAACUUUACCAGACACUGGAGCUGGGGUGCAUAAUAAUGAUAAUUCAGCUGCAGAGUAAAACUCCUUGCUCUUUUUGGUUCAGUAGAUAUCCAUCGGUUCCGUUAAUCAUUUGUUUCUCCUUUUCAUCCAUGAGAUAAUCAGGGAAGUUCUGAGGUGGUUGUUGCUUCUUAUGCUCCAUAUGGUAUUGUUUUUGAACUUGGUAUAGAUUUCUUACUUCAUAUUUUGAAGUUUUAAAUAUAUAAUGAUUUUGCGCAAAACAUUCCUGAGUGUUCACUUAUAUGGUUGCCCCUGAUGUCACGAGAUCAAUGUUUUAUUUGAAAGGCAAAGGCAAUUGUGCCCUAAAGUAGGUUAGAAAAAGUCAUUUUUAAUAGGCCAGUUUAUAAAAUUAAAAUCAGUUU